AUGAUGUUACGUUUUCUCUUGUGUAUUGUUUUUGUGUUUCUGCCGAUAGAAUGUUUUUAUCGAGGAGAUAGCUGCCAAGCAGAUGGCAGACCAGGUAGCUGCAAAUUACUUUCAAAAUGUCAAAGUAUAGUGGCGGAAAUCAAAAAUGCUGGAACACCUAUGCCAUAUAGUUUGAGAAAUAAGCUGCAAAAAUUAGGAUGCGGUUUUGAGUACAAUGAGCCAUUAAUAUGCUGUGAAUCUUAUUUAAAUAUUAAUAAUAACGAAGCGGGUGGUUUUAAUAAUAAUCCGGACCCAUGGUCUAAUUCCAGCCCAAAUAAUAAAUGGGGAUCAAACGUAAAUGGUGGACAAGACCCUAAUAGCUAUGAAGUCGGUUAUCCAAACGAUAAUAUAAACAGCAAUAGAAAUGAACAAAAGAAUCCAGCUUCAAAUACAGCUUCUCAUCGAAAUUUAGAACUGUUGCCAACUAACUGUGGACCGAUUGAGGGUGAGAGAAUCUUUGGAGGAAACAGGACGAGAUUAUUCGAGAUGCCUUGGAUGGUGCUGCUAUCGUAUGGCUCACCUCGUGGUACCAAGUUAAGUUGUGGAGGGACGCUCAUCAAUGAGUGGUACGUUCUCACUGCAGCACAUUGUGUGUCCUUCUUGGGUGCAAAUCUGGAAUUACGUGAAAUUAUUUUGGGAGAAUACGAUGUAAGGCGAGAUCCUGAUUGUGAGAGGAUUGAAGGGGAACAGUUUUGUGCACCGAAAAUUCGGAGAGUUGCCAUUGACUCCUUAAUUGCACAUCCAGGCUAUAGUCCUCAGAAGUUGGCAGAUGACAUUGCUCUCAUACGACUUGCUGAACCAGCGGACUUUUCUUUAGAUAGCAUGAAGCCAAUUUGUUUACCAGUAACUUCAGAGCUUCAGACAGAGAAGUUAGAAGGGUUACAAGGUGUGGUUGCCGGGUGGGGUGCCACUGAGGACGGCUUGCAGUCACCGGUACUACUUAGUGUGGAUCUGCCAAUCAUUACAAAUAGCGAUUGUCAAUCUAUUUACAAUGGAUCACCAGAAAUACAUGACUCACAGCUAUGUGCAGGAGGGGUACCAGAUAAGGACUCAUGUGGAGGAGACUCUGGAGGUCCUCUCAUGUACCCUGGUAGAGCCCGAGGAGUAGGGGUGCGUUAUGUACAAAGAGGAGUUGUCUCAUAUGGUUCGAAACGAUGCGGAGUUGGCGGCUACCCUGGCGUAUACACAAGAGUGGCUUAUUAUAUGAACUGGAUUUUAGAUAACAUACAUGAA